CAGGAUACUAAAUUGUCCCGGAAUUAUUUCCCAAAAGAUUCAAAUCUGAACAGAAUCACUAUCCGCGAUCAAUUAAAUAGUAUCUGUCGCAAAACUGCGCUUCAAUAAUGCCGGCUUAUCAUUCCCAAAUCAAGGAUUACAGCCAAUCGGUGGGAAACAUGGCAAUCCUUCCACUGCGUACCCAAGCGCGUGGACCAGCGCCAACCAACGCCAGCAUUGAGCAGGACAUCAUCGACGAAUCGUUGUACUAUUUCAAGGCGAACGUUUUCUUCCGAACGUAUGAAGUCAAGUCCGAGGUCGAUCGGGUGCUAAUCUACAUUACGUUGUACAUAACCGAAUGUCUGAAACGCCUGCAGCGGUGCUCCAACAAGAACCAAGGUCUACAGGAAAUGUACACUUUGGCCAUUUCAAAGUUCGAUAUUCCCGGCGAGGCCGGAUUUCCCUUGAAUGCAGUGUACGCUAAGCCAUCCUCGUCCACGGAGGCUGACUUGAUGAAACAGUAUUUGCAGCAGCUUCGCCAGGAAAUUGGCAUCCGCGUGUGCGAACGGGUAUUCUCCGGAGAAGACGGGAAGCCAAGCAAGUGGUGGCUGUGCUUUGCCAAGAAGAAGUUCAUGGAUAAGUCGCUCUCGGGGCCGGGACAGUAAGGAGUAACGGGUCGUGUCAGCAACGUGGCGAUAACCCGCAACGCAACUUGCUACUGCAAGGUAAUGAACACAUUUUAAUUAUAAUUGUAUUGUUCAAUAAUCAAGAAUAUUAUUUCCCCAACA